CGUCAUUUAAUUGUCAUUUAACCUCAAAAUGUCACUUCAUAUAAAAGAUGUUGAAUUAAAUCCAGAUCGAGAAAAAACGUUGUUAAUAAAUAAACACAUAGAAUUUAUAAAAAAAUAUGGUCAGGAUGAAGAUCAAUACGAAUACGCAAUCACCGAUUAUCUUAGAAUGUCAGGAAUGUAUUGGGGUUUGACCGCGAUAGAAUUGGUGAGUAAAACCGGAAAAUCUGAACAAGAUGAAGUGAUAAGUUUCGUUCAAAAAUGCCAAGAUGUCGAAUCUGGUGGAAUAAGCGCUUGUGUUGGGCAUGAUCCGCAUUUAUUACACACUUUAAGUGCUGUACAAAUCUUGUGUAUGUAUGAUAGAUUGGAUGUUAUUGAUGUAGAAGGAAUCGUUAAAUACGUAGUGAGUUUACAACAACCUGAUGGAAGUUUCUCAGGCGAUAAAUGGGGUGAAAUUGACACCAGAUUUUCAUUUUGCGCCGUUGCAACUCUUUCCUUAUUAAAACGAUUAGAUGCAAUCGAUGUUGAAAAAGCUGUAGAGUUUGUUGAGAGUUGUAAAAACUUUGAUGGGGGUUUUGGAUCUCGCCCCCAUUCGGAAAGUCAUGCCGGAUUAAUUUAUUGUUGCCUUGGGUUUUUAUCGAUAACAAAUCGUUUAGAUAUUGUCGAUCGAGACACUUUGGCUUGGUGGCUUUGCGAAAGGCAACUUCCUUCAGGAGGUUUAAACGGUAGACCUGAAAAAUUACCUGAUGUUUGUUAUUCUUGGUGGGUUUUGGCAUCUUUGGCUAUUUUGGGACGAGUCAAUUGGAUCAGUUCAACUAAAUUGGAAGAUUUUAUUUUGGCUUGUCAAGAUGCUGAAACUGGAGGAAUUAGUGAUCGACCUGGAGAUAUCACUGAUCCUUAUCAUACUUUAUUUGGUAUAGCUGGAUUGUCAUUGUUGGGAUAUAAAAAUAUUAAAGCUGUUAAUCCUACGUUUUGUAUGCCACAAGAGGUUAUUGAUAGAUUGGAACUUAGGCCUCAAGUACUGGAUUAUUGAUGCAUUUUUUUAUUGUUUGUAUAUUAUUUAUAAUAAUUAAAUAUAAUAGUAUUUGAAACUAUA